AUGUUAUCCUAUAAAGGUCGUCCUUCAAUUGAUGAUACAUGUCCAGACUUACUUGCCACAAAUGAAGAAAUUGCUAUUCUUGGUGGAGCUGUUGAUGAUCGACGAAGAACUGAAACUAUUCGAUCUUGUUUAACUCUUGAUGAUCUCCGUGAAACAUUAAAAAUGAAAGGUUAUGAAAUUAAAAGAUCUACUUUAUAUUAUCGUCUUUUACCUCGUCGUGCACUUUCUGUUGAUGGAAAAAAAACAUGUUCGUACAGUAAAUGUACGUCUUCAAAAGGCACAAAAUAA